AUGUCAGGGGCAGGAAAUAGAGAAUCGGUGUUUGCUACACGUAUGACCCUCUCGGUCAUGAAGGGUAAACUUAAAGGUGCAGAACAAGGACACUCGUUGCUUAAGAGGAAAUCGGAGGCACUUACGAAAAGAUUCAGGGAUAUCACAAAGAGAAUAGAUGAUGCCAAGAGAAAGAUGGGAAGAGUGAUGCAAACGGCAGCAUUUUCUCUCGCUGAAGUGUCUUAUGCCACUGGAGGAAACAUCAGUUACCAGGUUCAAGAAUCUGUAAGCAGCAAAGGUCGAUUCAAAGUGAGGGCCAGACAGGAAAAUGUCUCUGGUGUGUACUUGCCGCAAUUUGAACCGGUAAUCGAUGAAACUAUUAACGAUUUCAAGAUGACAGGUCUUGGUCGAGGUGGACAACAGGUUCAGAGGGCACGAGAGGUGUACACGAAGGCUGUGGAGACGCUAGUGGAUUUGGCAUCGUUGCAAACCGCCUUUGUAAUCUUGGAUGAGGUUAUUAAAGUCACAAAUAGAAGAGUGAAUGCGAUUGAGCACGUCAUUAUUCCAAGGACAGAAAAUACUAUUGCCUAUAUCAAUUCCGAGUUGGAUGAGAUCGAUAGGGAGGAGUUCUACAGGUUGAAGAAGGUUCAGGAGAAUAAGCAGGAGGGUGUUGCUCAGGAGGAAGCUGAAGAUGCUGCUAGAAAAUCCAGGAAGGCUGAUGCAGAUGCAGCAGAGGCCGAAGCGUUAGCUGAAUCUAUAGCUAAAGCUAAAGCCCAGGUGGCUCAGGCAGAAACGGAUGAUGAAAUUAAAACGACAAAGAAUCCAGUUUUGUAUGAAGUUUCUCAAGUAGAAAAACUCGAGCAAAGGGCCGAAGGAGGAGAACAAGCCGUGCUUCAAGAGACAGAAGAUGACGUGAUCUUUUAA